CAAAAAGGACCAUUGAGAGAUUUCCACUUAAUACUUUCUACAUUGCACUCGCAUCCUAACAGUUGGAACUUUGGUUGUGAAUAGUCUUUGAAGCGUCCUGAGAGCGUAAAAUUAACUGCACAUUUCAUCUAAUAUUGAGGGCAGAGGAGAACUUUCAACUGGCUGUUCUGUGGAGUUUAUAAUUAUUGGCUUUGCCUUGAAAUUGGGCCCAGUUAUUCCCUGGAUCCCUUCGAUGGACUCUGGUAACCAAUUCCUCAACAUCCCUUUUUGGAAAUUCCACCAUUCUCAUUCUGAUCAUGGCGAUGGGCUUCUCCCCUGACCAGGUGGCAUGUGUUUGUGAAGUUCUGCUCCAGAGUGGAAGCAUGGAUCGCUUGUCUUCCUUUUUAUGCUCUUUGCCUCCCAUUUCCUCUUCUUCCUCCUUGUACUUGGGGAUGCCACAGAGUCAGGAGAGCGUGUUGAAGGCACGGGCUGCAGUCGCCUUCCAUCACUGCCGUUUUGCAGAGCUGUAUGCCUUGUUAGAGGGAAAUGUUUUCUCUCCACGCAGUCACCCUCUCCUCCAGCAGCUCUGGCUCCGGGCUCACUACAUGGAGGCUGAACUGCAGCGGGGCCGCCCUCUUGGGGCUGUGGGGAAGUACCGUAUCCGUCGUAAGUUCCCUCUCCCUCGUACAAUCUGGGAUGGAGAGGAGACCAGCUACUGCUUCAAGGAAAAGUCUCGCAGUGUUUUGAGAGAGUGGUAUUGCAGAAAGCCAUACCCUUCACCGCGGGAAAAACGAGAUUUAGCUGCGGCUACUGGUCUCACUGCGACCCAAGUCAGCAACUGGUUCAAGAACCGCCGUCAGCGUGACAGAGCUGCGACCAGCCGCCAAGGCAGAACAUCAACAGGAGCAUUUCUGAGCUCUGAUGAUGAACUUUCUCCACCAGGGAGCCCCAGCACUCUGUUUUCCUGCUCCCAGCAACUCUCUGCCCACCCACCUCCUCUCCGCCACCUGGGACCAGCACACUACUAGAAUGAAUGAAAUGGACUGCAGGUCAAAGGAGACUUUUCCAAUUUGAAGGUGCUGUAAGCGGUUUGUUUUUAAUAACCAUAGAAAAGUUGCCCAUGCUAUCGGACAACUAUCAUUGAAAUAGGUGUCUUGAGAAAUCCCUAGACUCUGUGAACAGCAAAAAACAAAAAACAAAUAAAGUCAGGGGAACAGCCCCCACUUUUUUUAGCCAAUCAAAAAAUGCUCUCAGUAUCUCAUGCGUUUUAGGUUUGCUGACAUGUAUUUGGAGGUCGUGUGGUUGAAGGGAAGAAGCUGACAUUGCUUACAGCACCUUUAAAUCAGUCUACAGUUCUGUUAAAGGCAAAACAGCAUCAGUCCAAAAUGUCAGCAAAUGCCAUCUAUAAGAAAUUCUGUGCUAUUUUGAAAAAAUAAUUUAGUUAACUAUAUAACUGAGAAUAAACAAAGCUACUUUUCCAGGAUGUACUGUUUCAGAGAAACAUAUAACAAAUAGCAGUCCUUUUCAACUGGCAGCCUGUGGGCCAAAUCUGGCCAGUUUUAAGUUUUCAGUGGCCCGCAUGAGGUUGUAAGUUUUCUUCACACCGAACGCGUUUUGUGUCUGAUUGCACUGUUUUUCAGUUGUUUUCCUAUGUAAACUUGAAUUAGACGGAAUUUGUGUGGAAGUAAUAAUCAUUAUCCAUAAUUUUGACAAAAGGAAAAGAUUAAAGGUGCUGUAAGCAAUUUCUUUAAUGGAAAGGUAUGCAAAAAAAAAAAAAAAAAAAUCCUACUCCCUGAAAAAUAUUAAUAAAAUACAUUUUGUGAGGUAUCUCACCAGCCUCUGUGACAGCACUAGACUCUGUAAACAGCUAACAAAAAUUGGCCGCACCUUUCUGCCUGUCAAUAAUUUUGUGAAUUCUCAUAGUAUUGUUGUUGGAGCUAAUUAUUGAGGCUUCAUGCCAUUUUUAUGCUAUGUUGUUCAUAACAGUUGUCAGUUGAGGGCGCUAUUUUUCUACUGUUGUUUUUGAAAACCAUUUUUGCUCUUGUGUCAGUCUAUAUGGUAUCUUUGGAGCACAGGGUUUUGGAAAUUGGGGGCAUAGCUAAUCCAACAACUCAGUUUGUGGAAAAUUCAGAAUGACUAAAAUCGCUUACAGCACUUUUAAAUAACUAAAAUCAUGGAUGACUGACAAGCAUGAGCUCGGAGAAACAGAAAAAUUAUUUUCAUUAAUUUGGUCAAGAAAACCAAAAAAUGAAAAGUCAAAAUUUUAAAUAACUGCAUCUAUAACAAACUUCACUGUUAUUGUUCAAUACCAUUUUUAGUAUCAGUCAGAUUUACUUUCUCAGUUAUGGAAGAAUUUGAAAGCACUUUUUAGUUGAUCUGUUUUUUUUUUUGUUUUUUUUCCCCUGAAUUUCCUGCUGAAAAAAAAAAAAAAUCUCUUUAUGUUUUAUUUAUAUAGUGAACAAUAAUUAUAGGGCUACUAUAACACAAUAUCACAUAGAAGCUUUUCGUUAACAAAAUAUUCUGGCUUGGCCCACAUACCCUGGAGAUUUUUUCCAUCUGACCCACUUGUCUUUGAAGUUGAUAUGUAGAAACAUUUCAAGUACAUAGAACCUAAUGGGUUCAGGCUUAAGUUUAAAUUAAAACUGCAAGAAUAUCCCACAAGUUGUAUCCAGGGUUCCCACUCAUUUUGACCAAAGCAUUUUGAUGAAUUUUCCAGUCCUUAUUUUUACUGGAUAAGGAUUUUUAUAAUCAUUUUAUAUAGAUCGCAUUAACAAAAACAAAUUUAUAGGUGACGAAAGAUGUUGAGACUAAGAAUAGACCUAGAAAAAUAGAUUUUCUCUAAUUAAAUUUCUUUUUGAGGCUUUUUCAGACCUUGAAAUCAAAAUGUCAAAAUUCCCUUAUAUUUCCAGGUUUUCCACGACUGUAAGAACCCAGUCUAUAUUGAUCAGUUGCUAUGACAAAUAAAAUGGCAUCCACUUCUUACCAAUUACCUUCUUUAAAAAAUAAAUACUAAUAUACUGUACAGU